AUGCCUCAUCAACAUUCUCAAUCCGACUGGUCGGCAUGGACCUAUUCCGUCGCUCCCACUGAUGACUUUGCCGCACAAUACACCCAGCUGCCAGUGCCGGAAUAUCCGUUCCUUGCCGACACCAUGAAGGCCUACCAGGUCCAGCAUAACCACCUUGUCCACCACCAACAGAUGUCGCGAACAACAGAGUCAAAGCCGCGACUCUCAAAAGAAGAGGUGGAGGUUCUCGAGGCAGAGUUUCAGAAGAACCACAAGCCCAACAGCAGCACAAAGAAGGCUUUGGCUGAGAGCAUGAGGGUUGAUCAUGCCCGCAUCAAUAACUGGUUCCAAAACCGCAGAGCCCGAGAAAAGAAAGAGAACAACAUUCGAGAGUACGAAGCCAGGCAACGGGCCGAAAAAGAGCGUGCGGGCGGAGAGAUUGGCCUUCAAGGCUCUGAUCGCAAACGUGACCGGGUUGCUUCUUCUGCUCCCUUCCCAGAGCCACGGCAGGCUUCGCGAGCCAAGGAGCAGUCUCCGGAUGCCCCUUCACAGCUGUCGACUGCCUCUGAGGGCUCCACCGAUGUUUACGAGGCCACGCCGCCCGUCACUCCGCAUCUCGGCUCUGCCUCUUCUCUCGUCUUCCGUCGCGCGGAUGCAGAAGAUGACGCCGAGUCUCCUGAGAAAAGCGUCCGUGGAUAUUCCUCGUCGCCGGUGACCGGCAUGUCUUUCGCCAAUGUGUCAGCCCUGGACGCGCUGUUCUCUAUUGAGCAGCACGGUGCCGAUGAGUUUGGCGAUGAGUACCAGGACAUGGACCUUGCGCGGAUCACGGCCUUCUUGCACCAGACUGGCCUUCCAAACAGCCCCGACAGACAGCUCAGGUCUCCCUGCCCAACAGACAUUGCCUCUCGCCGCAAUCGCCAAACCCCUCAGCUGUCAUUCAAUGGCUCGCGAAGCUUCUCGGGCAGCCUCAGGGUCGCUGACGCAGCCAGACGCUCUGAGCAAGUCGGUUCCAUGCGCCGAGUUGUUUCAACUUCGGCAACGGGCAGAGUCCGCAAGUCCUCACUCUCUGCUGCCACGCCACGCAGCCCCUUUUUUCAAAGAAACCGCUCGCCAAUGGGCCCCGGUUCGGCGGCACCGCCCACGCCAAACACCCCCGUCGUGACUGAGCCACAAAAUGCCAACGGUGGCCUGUUCCCUCUUACUACCAAGUACUCAUCGUCAGCCCUGAUGCAGGAUCCCACCUUGCGCACGCCACCGACGACGCCAGCCUUCCUGGAGAACUUUGUCUUUAACAACCAGGGGGCCUCGUACACCAUGGGCAACUUUGGCGCAAGGUCGUUUUCUGACCAGCUCGAUGCGUCCGUCCACAGAACGGCAGCAGAAUACGACGCCGGUAUCACGGCAUGCUCUAGCCAGCCUACAACACCCAUGUUUCCUUACCAGGUUGGCUCUGGUUAUUUUCCAGGCUAUGCAGACGGCUCAGACUACAACUGGGCCUUUUCAUCAAACAACGGGGAGCCUUCUUCGGACUUUGCCAUUCCCUAUGCCUCGUCUAUGAGCAUGCUUUGA